AUGCUGAACUUCAUCUGUCUCUGCAGGUCCCUUGCAACUGUGAUGAAGUCUAGAAGGGUGCAGGCGCUCCUGGUCCUGGCAGUUCUGUCCUUCCUUCUGAUCCACUUCUACUUCCUACCCUGUAGCAACAAUGUCCCCAUGGAAGAAAAACCUUCUCCAGUCCACAUCCUCAUUCUCUCCUCCUGGCGGUCAGGAUCUUCCUUCACUGGACAGAUCUUCAGCCAGCACCCCAGUGUCUUCUACCUGAUGGAGCCUGCAUGGCAUGUGUGGGUUAAGAUGUACCAGAACAGUGCCGAAGUCUUGCACAUGGCAGUGCGGGACCUAGUAAGAUCAGUCUUUCUGUGUGACAUGUCUGUGUUUGAUGCUUACAUGUCUAGCCAGAAGAGAAAGUCUGAUUUAUUUAAGUGGGAGACAAGCCGAGCCUUGUGCUCCCCCCCUGCCUGUGACUUAUUCAGUCGAAGUGACAUAAUCACUGCAGGCAAUUGCAGAACAAUCUGUGGCAAGUACCCAUUCAGCAAGGUGGAGGAAGCUUGUAAAACCUACAGCCAUGUUGCCAUCAAGGAAGUUCGUUUUUUUGACCUGAAAGUUCUCUACCCCCUUCUCACUGAUCCAUCCCUGAACCUCAAAAUCAUUCACUUGGUACGUGAUCCUCGGGCUGUGUUCAGGUCCCGAGAGAAUGCAAUGGCAGACCUGAAACGUGACAGUAACAUUGUUGUGGGGUCCCAGGGGACAAAGGGAGAAAUGGGGCCUUACAACACAAUGCAAGUAAUCUGCAAAAGCCACGUUGAGAUUUACAAGGCAGGCAGCCAAGCCAUUCCCAGCUUCCUGAAAGACCGUUACCUGCUGAUUCGCUAUGAAGACAUUGUCAGAGACCCACUAGCAAGGGCUGCGCAGAUGUACAGGUUUGCAGAACUGCAUUUCACACCAGAACUUCAGAAGUGGGUGCACAACAUCACCCAUGGGAAGGGGCAAGGAGCACAGGCCUUUGAUAUUGGGUCCAGAGAUGCACUGAGAGUAUCCCAGGCAUGGAGGAAGACCCUUCCCUACCAGAAAAUAGAAAAAGUACAAAAUGUGUGCAAGGAUGCGAUGGAUUUGCUGGGCUACCGGCUCGUUCAAUCUGAAGAUGAGCAAAAAAAUAUGUCACUGGAUCUUUUGUUUGCCCAGAACUCCUCUGAGUAA